AUGCCUGGCCCACGACCCAAGCUCGGCCUGACGACGCCCGUCACGGCCACGUUCCCUUCAGAGCUUUCUGCUCUCUCGGCCGUCUCGGCCAGAACACCCCUCUCUGCUAUCCCGGUCUUCAUCAAGGACGAGUUCGCCAACACCACGCCAAUCACCCCACCUGUCGCCUACAUGGAUUUCCUCAAGGCCAUGUCACCAGUCGCACCAGAGAUCAAGAGGUCGGCCACCAUCUCAAGCUCCGAGGACGAUUCGGCACACGACUCCAUGCCCUCCACCGCCAGUAGCGAGCGCACCGACUGCUCGUGCAAAUGUGGCAACCAUGGUGCAUCUUCCCCCACUGCGGCGACACCGUCAAGUUAUCCCACGCUCCCCAUGUCGGCGCCUCCAACUGGCGCCACUUCUUUCCCCAGUCUCCUCGUCCCACAGUCUCCUGCGGUUUCCACAGCGGACUCACCUACCGCCAUGCGCUCGCCGUUCAGCGCUCGGUCUGUGCGGUCACCAUUCGACUGGGAGGCGGCUCUCAAGGCUCGAUACUCGACGGAUUGCCGAGCCACCAAACCCUCAACCAAGAGCGUCAGACACAUUCGGGAAGUGGUGACCCGGACAGUCACUUACACGCCAAGGAUGAACCCUGCGCCAAAGGGGAAGCGGCGAAGAACUCACUCUGAAUGCGCAAAAGUCCAAUCAGCACAGCCGCCGCAAACACAACCGGCACCUGCCACAGCCACCCGGUCCAAUUCAGCUUGA